GGAAAUAGGACAGAGCAGCUAAGUGCCCUGAAUGAAAUAAAACUGUCACUCAGAAGUCAUGGAGUGCUGUUGGAAGUAGAAUAUUCUUCUUCAAUACAUGACCGAGAAAUUAGGUUCAACAAUGGAUGGCAGAUUAAAAUUGGAAGGGGACUUGAUUACUUUAAGAAACCACAGGGCUGUUUUUCCCUUGGAUAUUGUGAUUUUGAUUUAAGGCCAUGUCGUGAAACAACAGUGGACAUUUUUCAUAACAAACACACAAAAAAAUUAUGAUGGGUAGUAGCUUAACUCGUAUUGCACAUUUCUUCCUUUUAUGAUGCCAUAACUACAUAGCACACACUGGGUAACGAAUAGAGAUUUAUUUAGCCCUUAUUUCUGGUGGCUGAGAAGCCUUAAUAGCAUGCUGCUGGCAACUUUGAGAACCUUCCUGCAUCUUAACGUGGGUAGAUAUCAUGUGACAACACAAUAUGCGUGUCUCAGAGAGUUUGGGUCUGUAAAAGCCUGUGAGGCAGAGCCAGUCAUCUCUCUGGUGUCCACUUCUCAACACUACUGCAAUGAGGACCACAUUUCCAACAUAUGAACUUUUGGGGACAAAUACAAACUACAGCAAGGAAAUAUUGGAUUCUUCUUUUUACUUUAAACAUUUUUAUAAUGUGUGAAUUUUUAAAUAAACUUGUAUUUCUACUA